AUGAUCGAUUUCGGCAUCGACGCGCCGUACGGCAAGCGCGAUGCCAUUGAUGAUGGGGAUCCGAAUCCUCGCGGCGAGAGUCUCGCGCACUUGUCCAUCAUAUUCGUCUCUCUGGCGGGCUUCUUCGUCAUAUUGCGGAUGGUAACGAGAUAUUUUCACACCAAGGCCUGGGGAGCUGACGAUGUCUUGAUUGUUGCGGCACUGGCUCUUGCUUGUUGCAUGACGGCUGCUUACAACGGAGAGGCUGGGAAUGGAUUUGGACUUCACAGUGACCAGAUCGAUGCGCACCACAAGAUAUUAGCCUUCAAGAUCCUAUACAAAAUCACAACAUGCCUUACCAAAAUGUCCCUGGGCAUGCUGUACCUGCGAAUCUUCCCGGACCGCAAGUUCCGCAUGGCCGUCAUCAGCGUCAUGGCGGUGACUGCGGCUUACACGCUGGCCGCGGUGCUGAUGACGAUCUUUGCCUGCAAUCCCAUCGAAAAGUCUUGGAACAAGCCCUUGCCCGGCAAGUGCGUCAACUCUAUCAGCAUUUGGUACUCGACGUCUGUGUUGAACAUUGUGACGGACAUGUUGAUCAUCGGGUUGCCGAUCAACGAGAUUCGACGACUCCAACUGCCGCUGGUGAAGAAGUUGCUGCUUUGUGCUCUCUUUAGCCUGGGUAUCUUUGUCAUUGCCUGUACCGUUAUACGAAUGAUUACUGUAUCGCCGCAGACGACCGCUUCGGAUCAGACUUAUUAUCAAGCCGUGUCCAACAGCUGGACGUUUGUCGAGACUAAUGUCGGAAUCAUUUGUGCUUGUCUACCGAUCGUCUGGGUACCUCUCACUAGACAGGUGCUUCGAUGGCUAGGUCUCGGCGGAGAGGAAACGACAGUCACGAGCAAGUCUGCCUACGCCCUCGGAUCGCACAACCAUGUCAGCAGUGCACGAGCACGCACCAGCCGUCGCGAUGCGGAGGGCGAUAGCGUAGAAGAGCUCAUGUUUGACGGCAUCAAGAUGACGAGGAGGUUCAGCGCUCAUGUAGUCGAGGAAGAUCGGGGUCAGAAAGACGCUUCCCCUGAUGACCGCCCGUGGGAGAAGAUCCCCAAGCCGCCGAAAUAA